CAAGUGGAGGUUGGAAGAAAACUAAAGAGAAACGGUACAGAGAGAGAGAGAGCCCUAACUUAUGGUUACCAAACGGAGGCGCAAUUUGGCAGGCUAAGACAGUGAGAGGCAGCCGAGCCAAAUCCCGAUGACGCAACGCAAGCCACCCCACUUAUUCUCCGUUUACUUCACGCGCUUAUCCACGUCCCGGCGACCCCUCUCUAUUAUUUCCCCUACUCUUGCGCCCCAUGCGUCCGGCGCGUCACCUUCGCCGCACCGACCCCGUUUUCUUGUUUUUUUUCUUGGUCAGAGAUCCCCUUUACUCUUUAACCUUAUCUCUCCCGUCAAUAUCACACAAACCGAGAAUAACCUAACACGCCACAACCACCCUCCACCACCACCACCACCAUUUCAGGGAGAUGGGUGACCUCAUCGAUUCCGUCACGCCGUCCACCACACCUCACUCCCGACCCUUGCCUAUCCGUGAGGAUUGCUGGAGCGAGGAGGCUACCUCCACUCUUGUUGAAGUUUGGGGCAAACGGUAUUUGGAGCUCAACCGAGGUAAUCUUCGUCAGAAGGAUUGGCAGGAAGUCGCCGACGCUGUCAACGCCAAACAUGGCCAUACCAAGAAGACUCACCGUACGGAUGUACAGUGUAAGAACCGUAUUGACACGAUUAAAAAGAAGUACAAGAUCGAGAAGGCUAGGGUUACCUCCUCUAACGGAAUGUUAACGUCGUCGUGGCCUUUCUAUGAGAGCUUAGAUGCCUUGAUCGGAUCUAAUUUCUCUUCUAAGAAACAAGCUUCUCCGUCUUUGUCUCCGUCUCCUCCCGUGGCUUUGCCUAUGACUUCCUACAGGAGGACUCCGUCUUCGACUCCGCCUACGGCUGUGGUGGCCUUGCCCCAGAAAAGGCCGUUGGAUGAUGGUUAUUUCAGGAGGAAUUACUCGGCCAUGGCUGCGGCUGCAGCAGCCGCAGCUGAAUCGGAGAGUGAAGAAGAGGAGGAGGAGGAGGAGGAGGAGGGGGAAAGGGAGAGGGAGAGGGAGAGGGAAAGUGAGGAAGAUGAGGAGGGAGAGGGAAUUAGGAGAUUGGCUCGAGCUAUAGAGAGAUUUGGAGAGGUUUAUGAGAGAGUGGAGAGCGAGAAGUUGAGGCAGAUGCUGGAUUUGGAGAAGCAGAGGAUGAAAUUUGCCAAAGAUUUGGAAAUGGAGAGAAUGCGGAUUUUCACUGAGACGCAGAUUCAGCUUGAGAAGAUUAAGAAAGGCAAGCGAUCUGGUUCCAAUGAUUUCUUGAACAUGGUCUUUCCGCACUUCAACAAGAUGCAAUUUAUCCAGCCAGUUGAUAAACAUCUUUCUUAUCAUUUAUUACCCAGGCCCUAACUUAGGAAGAAAACCUUUAUGCUUUUGGAUUGAAACGGAGAUCCUUGUUAGGUCUUUGUUAUGUAGAAUUGAAAGAUUGAUAGUGUCAUUCUGUUGAAACAAGAAUCUGAACAUAGGAUUAGCAGCUACCUUGUACAUAUAUAUAUAUAUAUAUAUAUAUAUAGUUCAAAUGUAGAUGUUGCAUGAAACAGUUCUCAACUAUGGAUGAUCGCAUAUGUGAUAUUUAUGUUUGGUUUGACAACCCCUCCUUAAAUACUUCGAUCUCCAGAGGUCCAGAGGCUCUGUCAGCACAAUUCUAAUAAGGAUUUUAGAGGUUAUGUU